CCUGUACCGCAUCACGUGAGCAGUACGAAUCAUUUCAAAGAUAAUUUACACAGCCGUGAACGUCAUUUGUUAAAUUAUUUCGCGUACGUUUUAUUAAAUGUGUUUAUUAAUUAUUGUUUAUAUGGCAUUACUCUACAAUUUGUUAUUUCAACUUUGUCUAUAGUUUAUAUUCAUUUGAUCUGUAUCGACAUUUACCAUACACAUAAACGUGUGUUAUUUUUCUCCCAAUACUCAAUUCCAGCUUUUCUCUCUUAUUCCUAUUUCUUUUUGCAUGUAUUGUAAUAAUUACUAAUACAACUUAUUUUACUUAGAAUUUUCAUUCACCUCUUACUUGUAAGAUUAAUAUAAGCCUUUUGGCUUGUUUGUCAAUCUAUUUCAUGUAUAAGACAUUGUUUGUAAACAUUAUUAUUGAAUUAGUUACGAAUAAAUAUGCUAAAUGUGUGCAUGCAUAAUGUGGGAUAGCAUGUAAAUCAAUCGGGAUCGAGAUGCAAAUUAUGCUGGUUCUCCGACCUUCAACUAUAAGACUAAAAGUAGAGAACCAACGUAUUGUUUGAGAAUGGGGUAGAAGAAUUUUAUAUUGGGUAAAAGACGACGUUUUUAAACAAUGCCAUAUCGUUAUCUAACAUGCACAACAAAAGCUUUCUCAAACGAGCUCCUGAGGAAGUUGGUCCCAUUUGGAUGCUGCCAAGUGACACACCCACGGCAUUCAGGAACCCGAACACAAAAUCGUUAUUACUUCACCAGUCAUAAAUUAAAUUCUAAACUUACUCACAGACCACACUGGCGUUCAUUGAAUGAAAACAAACAGUUUAUUCAGUAUUGUAAUUAUUACAAAACAAAUUUUGUCAUAUGCUGUGUUCCAAGUAAACAUUUCAUUGGAAGUGAUGUGCCAUUUGCUCGUAAUUAUCACAUUUCUGCAGUCUUGUUCAAAGAUGAGAGAAAAACAGACUCUGAGGUGAAAAACGUCAAAACAGCAGCAAGCAAAAAUUCCUCUAAAAUAGAUGAGACAAAAGGAGAUAAUUCACAGAGAGAUGCCUCCGCUAAAGUGGUGGUUCCUAAUGGUAGGGCAAAAGAGGUGGGACCACCAGUUAAGAAAAGUCUUGGCACCAGGUUUAAGGAGGAACUGAAGCACUACUAUCAUGGCUUUAAGUUGCUAUUUAAGGAGUUAAGGAUGUCCACCAGAUAUAUGAUCGAUGUUGUCAUUUUUAGGAAAUCUCUUAAGAGGAGAGAAUUUCAGCAGGUGAUCCGUUCCACCUUUGACAUUUUCCGGAUUUUACCAAUGAUCAUCAUGCUAGUCAUUCCAUUCAUGGAGUUCGCCAUUCCAUUCAUCAUCAAGUUCUUCCCAGGACUUCUUCCCAGUACAUUUCAACCGAAAAAGACAGACGACAUGAGGAUGAAAGUUUUGAAGGCAAAGAUUGAGAUGACGAAAAACAUGGCAGAAACCAUAAAGAAUCACCCUCUGAUCAGCAAGAAGGCUAGCACUGCAGACGAUUUCGCUAAUUUUGUUGCAGAUGUUAGAAACAAGGGCAUCCAACCCACCACAGAGGAGAUUAUGAAGUAUUCCAAGUUCUUUGAAGAUGAGUUGACUUUGGAGAAUUUAAGUCGUCAUCAACUUCAAGCCAUGUGUCGUGUUCUCGACCUUCCACCAAUGGGAAUGGACAGCUUCCUUAGGUUUUCGCUUAGAAUGAAACUUAAACGUCUCAAGAUGGAUGACAAUAUGAUCAAACAGGAGGGGAUCGAGAGUCUCACAAUACCGGAGCUGCAGGCAGCUAACCGUGAGCGGGGGAUGCGAGCGCUGGGCGUGUCUGAGGCCCGCCUUAAGAGUCAGCUGCAGCAGUGGUUGGACCUUCACCUGGACAAGAAUAUACCCCCCUCACUACUUCUGUUCUCCAGAGCUCUGUAUUUACCAGAGACACUGUCCACUGAAGAACAGCUGAAGGAAUCCAUCAUCAAUCUCCCAGAGACCAUGACAUCUAAGGAAAAGAUUGCUGAAAUUUUGGCUCAGAAGGAAAAGGUGAAAGUUGAGGAAGAGAAAGUUCCGGAGGUGGUUGGGGUUCCUGAGGCCCUACCACUGACUCCUCCCAUUGAGGAGCCACCUAUUCUUGAGGAGGAACCAGCCACAGGGGUCAAAGGUCUCACUGCUAAAUUACAGAGCAAGCUUGCCGACUUCAAAGAGAGGGUUGAUAAAUAUGACAAGGAAGCCACAAAGAAACGUGUACUGAAGAUCUGGAAGAUGAUUCAAGAGUUAGGCGAGGAAAAUAAAAAAGAACACAAGAAAUUCUUUGAGGAAUAUAAGGAGUUUCUUAAGGAAGGAGAAAAAGCACCAGAAAAGACUGGUGCUGAACCGGAGUCGGUCAAGGGAGCCAAAGUACGAACACCCACCAUAGAGGAAGAAAAGGUCAUGGUUACGGCUGAAGGAAUGGCCGCGGAAUCCAUCAUGGAGACUACAGCUGAGACACAGACAGACCCCGCCCUGAUGCUGGAGGCCCAGCCUGGGGAAGAAUUGAAAGACCUGGAUGAAGAGAUCACCACAGAGGACUUAGAAGAUCUGGAAGAUGCCCUGUAUGAAGCUGCAAAGGAAAAGGCUGUGGAUCUCGAGAAAGAGGAAAUGGAGGAAGAACUGGAAGAUUGUGAAGAGGACGUGGAUGAACUAAAGGCUCUGGUCCUUAAUGAGGGCGAUGUUAAUGCUAAAAAUACCAGCAAACUAUGGAAGAUGGUGAAUCGGGCUGUGGACAACCUUGACAAACAGAUAGACGAAUUCCACGACAAAAAGGAUGAAAUUCAAGUGGAGAUUGACACUCGGGAAGUCCGUCUAAAGAAGAGUCCGGAAUUACAGACAAAUCUAGAGAAACGAGAGGAGAUCCUAUCAGAACUCAAGAAGAGGAAGAAAUCUGUGAUUAGCAUGAACGAGGUAUUGCUUGCAAUGAAGAGAAUCAAAAAGAUUCCAGAUGACAUGAGGCUUCAGAAGAUUGUUGAGGUGUUGGAUGAGGACAGAGAUGGAAGGAUCGAGCUGGUUCAUGCUCUGAAGGUAAUAGAGUUACUUGGGAAAGACAAUGUCAAGUUGAACCCCAAACAAGUGUCAGAGGUCACCAGACUCGUGCGAAAGCAGUACCUCAUAGAAAGUAAGAAAUGGAAGGACAAGGCAGAGUCUCUAAAGACUGUAGACUUACAACCUAAGGGAGAUAACUCUGAAAAAGAAAAGAAAGAAACAGACAAAAAGCAAGAGAAGCAGACAUGAUUGAGACAGAAGGUGUUUUGUAACAUUGUUUAUGAGAGUGAGACAAAGUUUCUGUAAGGGAUGUUGAUAGUUUGUCAUCCACUUCAUGAACUGCAAAGCGACAAAAGACUGACGAAAGCUUCUAACAUGCUUUACAAUAAUGUUAUCGGCAUCGAUUCAAAAGUCACUGGAAAAAUAUACUUCUUCAAGCGAAUGACGAAAGUGAUACACUUUGUUGCAAAAUACAAGACAGUGACUUCAUAAGUUUUAGUAAAUGUAUGAAUGUGACAUUUUUUGUGAUCAAGGUAAAACCCAUUUCGUGCUUUGCUGUUGAACGGAAUCAAUAUCACACUUGUACUUUUCAUUACAAUCUGGUUUUAGUCAACAUGGUCAAUAGAUUUCUUUCCAAAUAUUUUAUAAUUUUCUAAUUUUGACUCCUUGUCUUGUUAGUGCUUAUCUAAUUCAUGUGUAGUCCUUAUUGUUUUGCUCUUCCAAUUGGAAUUUAUUAUUGUACAUGAAGAUAAAGUUUAGUGUAUAUUGUUCAGUAUUGAUUCUGACCUGUUCAUGAUUCGGACUUGUUCAUAUUAUGAUUUGUUCAGUAUUGAUUUGGACUUGUUCAGUAGUUUAAAAUUGAUUUGGACUUGUUCAGUAUUGAUCCUGGAAAAAAAAAUGCAUUUUAUUUUAAGGAGGAAUAACACACCAGAGAAAACUAUUAUAGUGGAGGAAAUGUUCAAUAUUAUUUUGAAAGUGAAAACUUUAAAACUUAAUCUUAUUUCAUCAAAAAAUGCAGUGUUAAAUAGAAAAAAAAUCAAAAUCCCUGAGAGACUUCAACUCGAGUUCUACAGACCAGUCACCUCACACGAUAAUUCACUGAACUCCAGCUCUACCGACCAGUCGCCUCACACGAUAAUUUACUAAACCAACAUCCAGCAAGUCAAUAAAGUUCAAAAAGACAUGAACUAUAUUUUCCAUUUAUGAUAAUGUGUUAUUCCUCCUUAAUGUAAUUUCUUUCGCUAUACUCAUACAACUGUCAUUGCUUUAAGGCAGUACAUUAUAGUUAUAAUCGUACGUAGGUCUUACAAUAUGUCUGUAUCAGUAAUUUCUACAGCAUUAAGGUGGUACGUUAUAAUUAUACGUAGGUCUUACAAUAUGUCUGUAUAAGUAAUUUCUACAGCAUUAAGGUGGUACGUUAUAAUUAUACGUAGAUCUUACAAUAUGUCUGUAUAAGUAAUUUCUACAGCAUUAAGGUGGUACGUUAUAAUUAUACGUAGGUCUUACAAUAUGUCUGUAUAAGUAAUUUCUACAGCAUUAAGGUGGUAUGUCAUAAUUAUAAUUGUACGUAGGUCUUACAAUAUGUCUGAGUAAGUAAUUUCCACAGCUCUAUCCAUACAUUGCAUUAAGGCAGUGCGUUAUAAUGUAUGUACAUGUAUGUCUUACAAUAUGUCUGUAUAAACCGUAUUGCAGAAAAGCUAAAAUGACUUUUAAAGCAUCUAGUAUAGUUUGGAUUUUAUUACUGUAAUUAGUUCUGAUUUAAUUAAUGUAAUAUGAGAGGAAUACAAGUUCCCCUGUCUUUCAUUAUGCAGCAAUCAUUAAAAGGGUGUGAUGAAAAUACA